AUCGAUUCUGUCUCGGUGUCUCAGUCUACAUACCAUAUACUGCACCAACCAACAGCCACUCACGUAGCCACGACUGUUCACGAGAGCGGGCAGCAUGACGCACCUUUGCUCCUAGGGCUCUUAGGGCUCUUGGGCGAGGGCGGUUCUUCGGGGGGCGGUGCCGCGCCAUCAUCAGAUGCCCCUUCUCCCUCUUUCUCUUUCUCUUGCGUGGGUUCCUGCUCAGCUGGUUGUUCUGGUGCCGCUUCUGGCUGAGCCUCCCCUUCAUCCUGAGGCUCCUUUGGAGGCUCCACCGUCGCCUCCACAUCUCCUCCACCAUGUUGCCCAACUGGUGUGGUGUCAUCCCCACCACCCUCCUGCUGCUCCUGCUUCUGCUGCUGCAUCUCGUCAGGGCGGGCCGGGCUUGCUUCCUCCCCUUCGAGUCUCGGUCCUUCUUGCUUGUGAGGUUUGUCGCCAACGCUGGCCGACCGGGCGGGGCCGUGUGGUGGAGGUGGCGGUGGUUUGGGGGGUUUCUCUGACGGGGGCAUCGUGUGACGGCGAGUGGUGCUGUCUCUGUCCCUUCCCCCUUCCAGCGCAUCCACCAGCACUGACAUGGCGUCGUCCGCCUCACCCUCAGCUUCAGCUUCAGGGGCCGCCUUGUCGCCUUCGGCCCUCACAAUGAGCUCGCUCGCAAUGGAGGAAGAGCUGCCCGACACCAUGCUGCGGUCGGUGAGCUCUGACUUGGAAUACACCAGAGAGUCAGCCACUUGUGCCGGGGCGGGCUGGUCUGUCGGCGGGGGCGCCUUGCUGAUGUGUAUGGGUGCCACAGAUGGGCGCUUGUGUGGCUGUGGCUGUGGCUGCGGCAGUGGCACGUCGACGAGGUGCAUGUCAGCGAGAAGUGGGUAGAGUGCGGCCUGCAUUCGGCGGGGCGAGAUGCGGGGGGCGGAGAGCUUGAGGAAGGUGCCCAGAGAUUUGAGCAGCGGGGGCGGGCCCAUGGCCUGGGCGUCGUCAAGAUUCUCGUCUGGAAUCACCACAAUGUCCUGAUCAGGACAAACAAGGGGAAGACCAGAUUGAUGUGUCCGUGGAUACUGACUGACUGACUGACUGACCUCUGCCUCGUCCAGGUGUUCCUGAAUGGCCUCCUGGUGCGCCAGCAGGAAAGCCGCACUCACACGAGACAGCUAACACACACGCACACACACACACACAGAGGAAGAGAGAGAGAGACAUCCUCUGUGAUAAGGCGUCCAUGUCGCCAUGCGCCCACCGCUUUGAGCAAGACGGCCUGCCCCGCGAGAAUGAAGACGUCCCAAAUGUAUUUGGUGGUGUCGAUCGGGAGGCCAUUGCCGCACCAAAGGGCCGACCAGAAGGGCAGCAGCAGAUACGAAAGGCACCGGUGCACCAACCAAUCUCGGUCCUCAUCUGCGCGUUGCUGGGCUGCUGACGACCCAUCGCUGGUCUGCUCGAGAACGGGGGCGGCCUGGCCACCAUUGUCACUUGAAUCGCCUCGCGUCCGCAGCAGCUGCACCAGAAGGGCCUCGCUGUGCUCACGGAUGACAUCGUGACAAGCCGCCAACACAUCUGCGCGUCAGCGACAGAAGCAAUCCCGCCAGUUCUUUCCCCCUCUCUCCUCCCACCCACCUUUGAGUGGCUGUUUCAGAUCGCCGUUGAGUGCCAUCAUGACCAUCCCUCCCUCUCCUCCCCCAUUGAUGUCCCUCGAGUUGCUCCGCAGCCUCUGCACAGCCAUGAAGCUCUGCCUGGACGACACCUCGCUGCUCUGCCGGCUCCGUCCCCCGCCCCACAUGUCCAGGCCACGCGCACGCAGCUCACGUAGAGAGCUGAAGACGGGGGAGGGCGGCAGGUGGCGCGUCAGGGGGGCAAAGUGCUGAAGGGCGGCGAGGUAGCGCUCCACGAGGUAGGGGACCUCGUCAACACGGCUCUGGUAUACCUCCUGUUAGUCGAUGGUGGGAGAGAGGCAGCAUGGCUUCCAUUGUUGGUCGUGUGGGUGACGGUCAACGGCCGUACCACGAUGGUGAGAGCAGCGUAGAGGUGGUAUCUCUGCAGAGGGCCCAUGCGGCCAAGCGCAUCGACAUAGGACGCCAGAGACUUGGCCGUCACCACCCAUCUGAUGAGCAAACAGGAGAGAGGGAGACAUGAACAUAGAGAGACGUGAUGCCCACACCCACCGUGGCUGGAAGGCGGGAAGGUGGGCGGACUGAUGACAUGAGUCAACGAAUUAAUGAGUCACUCGUAAGCAGAGACGGGUCUCAUUCUUUACCACGAGCGUGUUGAGUUUCUCGAGGAUGCGGAGGUCGUUUGGGGAGAUGGCUGCAGUUAUCAAUCGACAUAAGGAAAAACACACAGUGUACGCGUCAUGCAUCCAAAGAGAGACGCCCACCCAUUCUAUGCCGGUCGUUCUCCUCGUAUUCCUUCCGCCCUUUGGCAUCCACCUGUGGGGCAGCCAGGCAGAGAGACAGACACAAUGGGCUGGCUGCAAUGUCUGUCAUCCUCCUGCUCACCAGGUGAGUCUCCCAUAGAGGCCUCCGGAGAUCAUUGGGUAUCCUCUGUGCCACCAGCUGCAGCAGCACCGGCCUGUCGAGGUCCGGGGACACUGUCGCUGUCAGCAGAUGAGACACCCCGAGGGCCGCCCCUGAUGACCGAUUAUUGAGCCAUUCGCUGCACUUGCUGAAUGAUGCGCAUGGCUGUGGCUGGCUCCGGUGCAUACGUAUACGUGCUCACUUCUUAUGAGGUACUCGGCCUGAACAACGAGACUUUGACAGAAAGACGUUUUCUCUCCUCGUUACUUUCUUCCCGUACCUGGUCCGCUUUGGAGAGGCACUUUCCGUCGACUGUGUCCGCCGCCAUGAUGCCCCCCUGCCCCUGACCAUCCCCCUCUCCAGCCUUGAGGGCAUACCGCUGCAGGUCAUCCAGCAGGUGGCGGUCGACGAUCUCCCGAAGGCCCUGCACAAACUCGCCAUACACAUCCGGGUGCUCCCGCCGCAUCUCGGCGUAGGUCUGCCUGACGAGCAGCCGCUGCCUGGCGUCACUCAGAUCGGUGAAGAACAGAGGAGGGGCGCCAGGGGCUGGCUGAGCUGGCGGCUUCGCGCCACUGCUGUCGGUGGCCACUUUAUGGCGGAGGGAGUCCAGCAGCCCUGAGUGCAUGCAUGGACAGGGUGUGCUGACAUGUCACACAGGAGGGGUGCACUCGCUCACGUGUCCGCAGCUGAUCCCAUGAAGGCAUCUUUGUCGCUGCAGAGAAAAAGGAAACCGUGACGGGGACUACAAUUUCAUGGCCACAAAGCUGCAUUCGUUACCUUCUUUGUGGCUCUGCUGCAGCCACUGCUCCAUCAUUCUGUAACGUCGUGCGGUGAGGGUGAGAACCAAGGAGAG